AUGUCCUCAAGCUUCUCAGUGGGCAAAAAAAGAGAGGAGAUCAAGGUCCUCCGAGCCGAAUUGGCCACAACCCAUAAAGAGCAAACCGACCUGAUUGAGCAGGUUCAACAAAAGGCCGAAAAAAUCGAGCAACUUCGCGAGGAGGCCAAGAUGAAGGAGAAAGAGGCUGCUCGAACUCAAUUGUCAUCGGCCGAAUGUCAGCUUCAAAGCAUGAAGGAGGAAAACUCAGCCCGAACCAAGAAAAUCGAGGAGCUCGAGGCUCGAUUUGUCGCCGAGCUUGCAAAGGCCACAAUUGAGGCAGAAAAAGCAAAGGCUGAUGCGGAGGAGGUCGUGGUCGUCUACCGAGCUGAUGCUGAAACUGCUUAUGCUCGAGCAAAGGAAAUUUCUGAUGCUGCUCAGGUUCGAGCAUUCUGUAUUGCCGAGCAUGCCAAAUGCCAAUCUUGGACAGAGACUCUCGAGGAGAUACAUGCUCGUGGCUUUGACCUUGCCAUCGAGAUCGAGAGUGCGAAGGAGCUUGAGAUUGAAGCUAAAGCGUUGCUCUCUUCCGACGAUGAUGAUUCUGGGAGCGUGAGUGGUUUCGAGGGCGGUGAAGAUGAAGAUAAGGUUCCCGGAAAGGAUUAG